AUGGCUUCACCUAAAUCACAGGAGAGGUGGCAAACAAAAACAGCUUCGGUCUUGGAAAGAAGCAAACACAUGUUCAAAAAUCCUCUUCUAAGUGACAUCAAAUUUGCCUUCCCGAGCGUCAAUAGCGAAGCAACGAUCUCAGCGAUUCCUGCUCAUAAGUAUGUGCUCGCCGUUAGCAGCCCAGUCUUCUUUACAAUGUUUUACGGCGAUCUGGCUGAAAGCGGCGAUAGUGUAAACAUCACUGACUGUGAUCCAGACGUUUUUCUUCGUUUCCUGCGUUUCAUCUAUUGCGAUGAAGCGAGUUUCGAAGACAUCGACUGCGCCAUUAAAGUAUGGCGUCUUGCUGAUAUGUACGACGUUCCCUCGCUUGCAAGAGAAUGCGUGAAGUAUUUAGACGGAAACAUGGAGCCACUGGACGCCUUUGAUGUGCUAACUUAUGCUCGCCAAUUCAACGAUGAAGAAAUGGAAAAGGCUUGCUGGGAGGUCAUCGAUUAUAACGCGGAAGUGAUCGUUGCUGAUGAGUCGUUUCUGGAUGUCAAACAGGAGCUCUUACUCUCGUUUGUCGAACGAUCAUCUGCAUGUAUCCAGGAGACAACUUUAUUUCAGGCCUUGGAUGGCUGGGCAGCAAAGAGAUGUGAAGAGGCAAGCAUUACUGUGAAUGGAGAAAACAAACGGCGCUUCAUGGGUGAAGAUCUUUUACACCAAUUUCGAUUUUCUUUGAUGUCGCCAAAUGAGUUUUCAGAUGUAGUUAUGCCCACAGAUAUUUUGUUCUUAACUGAAGUUGUCGAUGUUUUUAAACAGUUUACGUCUGUUUCCAUCCCUGGAGGAUUCAAGUUCUCGUUGUCUUCGAGGAAAACAGUUGCCGAACCUCUUUCUUCGUUUAAGACAGGCGAAGUUCAGGUUCCUGAUCAGGAGGCCAGUGGGGCCACGUCGGAGGUGUCUGAUAAGACAGGACUGUUCACAUUUGCAGUAAAAAGGGACACAACCUUGACAGGUGUAGUGAUUGUUACUUCUAAAGAUCAAGAAUCCUAUCAAGUCAGUCUAUCAAUCACUCAAAGAGGUAAAAAGGUAAAGCAGAUAAAAAGUAAGACUUUCAAACGUAAAGAGACCCUCGACACAGUUAGCCACGGACAAGUUCAUGUCGUCUUCAACAGGCCUUUGAAUUUGCUGAAAAAUACUUGCUACACGAUUGAAACUGAAACAGAUUCCAAAAGCUAUAAAAACUGUGGAUUUGUUCGUAUGAAUAAG